GUGUCCAAGGUGGCUGUAUCUCAGUGUGAACAGCAGCCUGACUGCCAGUCCUGUCUGUCUGUCAGAGAUCCUUACUGUGGCUGGUGCGUCCUGGAGGGAAGAUGCACUCGUAGACUGGAGUGUAGUCGUGAGGGCCAGGCCAACCACUGGCUGUGGAGCUGCCAGCCUGCCAACCAGCCUGCCAACCAGUGUGUGACUGUCCAGAGCCUAACGCCUGUCAUCCAGAGCAGAGAGGAGGAGACUCAGGUGUCUCUAACAGUAGCCCAGCUGCCCACCCUGUCAGAGGAGGAGUCUCUAUCCUGCUCCUUCGGAACCCUCCCCCCUCAGCCAGCCAUCGUCAAGGGAACCACCAUCACCUGUCAAUCACCCCUGCCUGAGCUCCUCCCACCCAGCCCACCAGGAAGUGACCACAUGUCUCUGCGUGUGUCUGUGAUGUUCAGAGACGUGACCAUCUCCAGCAGUGACAUCACCUUCUACGACUGUCGAGCUGUGGGCCAACUCAACACCACGUCCCCGUGUAUGGCGUGUGUGGGCAGUGUGUGGCCAUGUAACUGGUGUGUUCUGGAUGGGCUGUGUACCCACACCAACAACAGCUGUCCCAGGCAGCACACCAUACACAACUCACUGGAGGAUCACCUGGACCGGGGUCCAGACUCUUGUCCCUGUGUUUGGGCUCUACAGAGCUCUCCUCUGGUCCCCAUGGGCUUCCUGUCACCUCUGACCCUCCUGGGGAGGAACUUGGACAUGUUUCAGGGUGAGGAGCAGUAUGUGUGUGUCGUGGUUGUGGAAGGGGAGGAGCUUAAACUGAACGCCACUCUGGAGAAAGAUCCGGAAACCAUGACGUACACCUUCACCUGUUCUGCCCACAAGUUCCAGUACCCAGUAAAACAGUUGGAAUAUUCAGCUCCCAUCUAUCUACAGAGAGGCUCCCAUCACAUCGACUCUGCACCCAAUCUCAGACUGCAGCUGUAUGACUGUUCAGUUGGCCAGUCUGACUGUAGCCAGUGCAGAGCGGUGUCGUCAGAGUACGGCUGUGUCUGGUGUGGAGGAGAGUCACCUGGCUGUGUCUUCCACCUGUCCUGUACCAGCUCACCUGGGCCCGCCGACGCCUGUCCCCCUCCUCAGAUCAUACAGAUCCAGCCAGUGAGUGGUCCGGUGGAAGGGGGUGUGCUGGUGACCAUCCAUGGGUCUAACCUGGGGAUGCACUACCAGGACAUCCAGGGAGGGGUGACCGUAGCUGGGAUCAGCUGUCUGCCUCAGCCCCAUGGAUACCUCAUCUCUACCAGGAUAGUGUGUGUGCUCCAGCCCAGUAAACAGGAAGCCGAGGGACCAGUCAUCGUUGCCGUGGGAGACUCAGAACCAGGACGGUCACUGCAGUCAUUCACCUACCAGGACCCCCAGUUGACUGGUAUAGUCCCUGAUAAGGGCCCUGUAUCAGGAGGGACCAGCCUGACUGUCCAGGGAACUCAACUACUAACGGGACAGAGGAAGGAUCUGACUGCAUAUGUAGGACAACAACCCUGCUACAUUGUUGAGGAGGUGAAUGGGACUCACCUGGUGUGCAGGACCAGCCCCAGUAACCAGACAGCAGAGCUGACCGUGAGGGUGUUGUUUGGGAAGGCAGAGAGGAGCGUACCUGGGCAGGUGUUUCACUACAUGGAGGACCCUGUCAUCACCGCAGCAUCGCCUGCUGAGAGCUUCUAUGAGGGUGGGCGUAGUAUAAAGGUGAGUGGGCGUAACCUGGACGUGGUGCAACAGCCAAUGAUCUCUGUGCGGUUGGAGCACAUGGUGGAGAACACGCUGGUCAUGAGAAGGAGGAGAAACGCCAGACUGCUGGCCAACAACAACCCGCUAGUCUUCAACAGCACCGUGUCAAAGAAGCAGGAGCGUUGUACGGUGGUCUCGUCCUUUGAGAUGACCUGUGUGACCCGAGAGCGUCGCGGGAAGACGUUUUCUUACUACCCCAACCCCGAGCUGUUCGCUCUGAACAGAGACGACCCGGAUACACCCUACCGCUUCAAACCUGGAGGGGUCAUCGCUGUAGAGGGUAAGGACCUGACGCGUGCCAUGACUCGUGAUGAGGUGGUAGCCAGGUUAGGUGACCAGGAGUGUGAGGUCAAGACUCUAGACAGCACUCACCUGUACUGUGAACCACCUGAGAAACAGCCAGACAGUCUAGGGACCAACCAACUGCCCAGCCUGAGGGUGGUAAUGGGGAAGCUGAACGUAGACCUGGGAACAGUGCAGUAUGAUACGGAAGGCCUCUCACCUGUCCCUCUGGCUGCCCAGGUGGGACUGGCUGCAGGGGCUGCUGUGGUGGUCCUAGUGGUGCUGGUCAUCAUCCUCAUGUACAGGAGGAAGAGCAAGCAAGCUCUGAGAGACUACAAGAAGGUUCUGGUUCAGCUGGAGACUCUGGAGAUCAAUGUGGGAGACCAGUGCAGGAAGGAGUUCACAGAUCUGAUGACAGAGAUGAUGGAUCUGAGCAGUGAUGUGGGUGGACCAGGUAUUCCUCUCCUGGACUAUAAAACGUAUGCAGAGCGCGUGUUCUUCCCCGGCCAGAGGGGGGCUCCACUGAGUCAGAACCUGGACCUGCCAGAGUCCCGCAGACGGACAGUGGAACAGGGCCUGGGGCAACUCAACAACCUCCUCAACAACAGACUGUUCCUUAUCAGGUUCAUCCACACUCUGGAGGCCCAGCAGAACUUCUCCCAGCGUGACCGAGGCUACGUGGCGUCUCUCCUGACCAUGGCGCUGCACGACAAGCUGGAGUACUUCACCGAUGUCAUGAAGACCUUACUGGGAGACCUGGUGCAGCAAUACGUCGCCAAGAACCCCAAACUCAUGCUGCGCAGGACGGAGACCGUGGUGGAGAAGAUGCUAACCAACUGGAUGUCCAUCUGUCUCUACUCCUUCCUCAAGGAGGUGGCUGGGGAGCCCCUGUAUAUGCUGUACAGAGCCAUCAAGUACCAGGUGGAUAAGGGACCAGUAGAUGCUGUGACGGGGAAAGCCAAGCGCACCCUGAACGACAGCCAUCUACUGAGAGAGGACAUCGACUACUGCUCUAUCACUCUGACGGUGAUGGUGAAGAGUGGUGUGGAGGUGCAGCCGUGUCCGGUCAAGGUGUUGGACACUGACACCAUCACACAGGUCAAAGACAAGAUCCUAGACCAGAUCUAUAAAGGAGCUCCCUUCUCACAGAGACCUGCUGCAGACUCACUAGACCUGGAAUGGCGAUCGGGACAGGCGGGUCACCUGACACUGUCAGACGAUGACGUCACAGCGAUCGUCCAGGGGCGCUGGAAGAAACUCAACACUCUGCAGCACUACAAGGUACCAGAUGGAGCUACAGUGGCUCUGAUCCCUAGGUCAGCUGCUGUCAUGGGAAUACACCAGGUCUACCAGACCGGAGAGAAGACACCCAUGUUGGAGGGGGAGGGGGAGGAAGGGCUGAGGCUGUGGCACCUGGUGAAGUCCAGCGAGGACCCAGAGAUCCCCAAACACAGGAAGAGCAGCAUGAGAGAGAGGGAGAGAGCCAAGGCAAUACCAGAGAUAUACCUGACACGACUACUAUCUAUGAAGGGGACGCUGCAGAAGUUUGUAGACGACGUGUUCGUAGCCAUCCUCAACACCAAGCGCCCUCCUCCCAUCGCUGUGCGUUUCUUCUUUGACUUCCUGGAUGACAUGGCGGAGAAACACGGCAUUGACGACCCCGAGACCGUACACAUCUGGAAAACUAACAGCUUGCCUCUGAGGUUCUGGGUCAACAUCCUGAAGAACCCUCAGUUUGUGUUUGAUGUCCAGGUGACCGAUAGCGUGGACGCUGUCCUCUCUGUCAUCGCGCAGACCUUCAUUGACUCUUGCACCACCUCCGAACACAAAGUUGGACGGGACUCUCCAGUGAAUAAACUACUGUACGCCAGAGAAAUCCCCAGAUACAAACAGCUUGUUGAGAGGUAUUAUAGUGACAUCCACAGUGCAGCGUCUGGCUGUUACCAAGAGAUGAACUCUACUCUAACAGAGCUGUCUGGGAGUUUUGGAUCAGACAUGAACAGUCUGGUGGCUCUGCUUGAGUUGUAUAAAUACAUCAACAAAUACUACGACCAGAUCAUCACAUCUCUGGAGGAGGAUGGAGCUGGACAGAAGAUGCAGCUGGCCUAUCGUCUACAGCAGGUCGCCGCCCUGGUGGAGAACAAGGUCACUGACCUUUAACCCCUGAUCUCUGACUCCUGGCCUAUCGUCUACAGCAGGUCGCCGCCCUGGUGGAGAACAAGGUCACUGACCUUUAACCCCUGAUCUCUGACCUGGUGGAGAACCACAGACGGACAGAGCUGCGUUUAGUACCACAGAACGUUACAGCAGAGAACGCGAAACACUCAGAUCCACUUCCUCUCAUGGGGUUCUUUUUUUUUCUCCCCGGGGCGGACCCACUCUCGUCUGCAUAUUGCUCCCGCCCGCGGAGGGGCUGCCUCAGAGCGAAACAUCUCACGGGAAAAAUUAAUUCUGUUAAGGGGCGGAGUUGUUUCCGCGCCAGAUAUUAUGGAGGAACUGAACUCAACCGGGGAAAAGCACACUUACACAGACCAUUUAAAUAAACUAUCUUCCUCAUCCACCGUAUAUGCUUUAUGUUGUGUGUGCGUGUGCGUGUGCGCGUGUGUGUGUGUACAUGGUUCUGAUGUUGCUUCCAGAGGCAGUUUGGAACUCGGUAGUGAGCGUUGCAACCGAGGACAGAUGAUUUUUACGCGUUUCAGCACUCGGCUGUCCCGUUCUG